GAAACGCUAAUGAAAUUAAAAUUGGAUGUCAUGACUUGCGAGUGGUUUUUAAUAACUAUAACGAAUUAGACAACAACUGUAUCCUGGAAUAUGGAGUGACCGAUAUGGAUAUUACGAAAUGUAUUGUAAUGGCUUGGAUCAUGUUUUAUUGCGAUGCAGUCACAUAUAGGGAACAAUUGGAUCAUAUCGCCAAAAGACGUCGAGAAAGUCGUGGCAUGCAUCCAAUACCGUCGAGGCGUCAAGACACCAGUCAAAUGUCAGUGCUCCUCGGAGCUCCAUCCAUGCCAAGCCAUCUGCCAGAAGCGGAGCCCAUCCUCCCCGGACAUACUCUUAUCAGGCCUGCACGUGGCAUGUUGAAGUCUGCUGUCAAAUACCCUCAUUUGGAACUUGAUAAUGGAGCAGGAGUUUAUGGGAAUGUUAAUAAUCUUGGCAUUAGAUAUGACGGGAGGAACGAAAGGGUGCAGUAUUCUGGUUUUCGCAGAACGCCUAACAAUUUAAUAGUGGCCGUUCCAAAAUUUAAAUACACAGAACCGCGAUUAAGUUUAUCUUCAUUUUUUGAAUUAUCGGAUAGGAGCACAGAGGAAAACUAUGAUGCAAUAAGAGGGGCCGAAAUACGAAGACCAAAAAAGAUGAAGGGUAUAAUAUUCAAAAUCCAGCCUACGUCAGAAAAGAGUAAAAAUCAACAAUCCAAAACUUACAGAAACAGUCGACAAAAACAUCGAGUUUCGACACAAUUUCUACCAGAAACUUAUAACAAACACUUCUUCAAGAAAAUCAGAAACAAGAAACCAAAGAAAAAAAGAUUUAGACCACCUGGAGCGAGACCUUUGCAAUCUCAUUUGAAAUCUUUAGACAUAGACUCGCUGCGGCGAGAUCGCCUAUCCGUCGAAGAUGGAGAUAGAAGGCCUCCAGUAUUCAUACCUGAUGAGACUUCGACCAGCGACGAUUAUGUCAUGGCGACAAGCGAGGAGAAAAAGAAACAAGUGUCCAAAGAAGUAGCAACGAGCAAGAUGGACUGGUUUUGGAAAUCUAAGGAUGCCUACGACAACAUUAAAAUAAGUCUGGACGCGCCAGAUCUUACUGAAUUGAUGCCAGCCGUUUCAAAAGACACAUUACGGCAAUGGUGGUUCUAUCACCAGGACGACUUCGUACCAUUUGAAACCUUGACUUGAAGAGUAUUAGCAUUAUUAUUGUACUCCAAUCUGUAUAAAUAAACUACAUAAUAUGA